UUUGUUUGGAAAAAACCUACCUACUGAAUAUUGUUUAAACUUUUAUUGAAAAUGGCAAAGCAAAUUAAAGAAACAUUCCUUUACUUUGCCUACGGCAGCAAUCUGCUGAAAAAGCGAAUACGGAUAAACAACCCUACUGCAGAGUUUAUUGGAAUAGGCAGACUAGAUGGUCAUCAACUAGAUUUCAUGAAAUAUUCUGACCAUUGGAGAGGAACAUCAGCCACAAUCAUACCAACGGAGAAUGCACAGGUUCAUGUGUGGGGUGCAGUUUGGAGACUUCACAAUAAAGAUAUGCCUGCUUUAGACAAACAAGAGGGUGUAGACUGCAACUGGUAUUUCGCUAAAACAGUUGAGGUGUUGACUUUGAAUGGAGAUAAAAUAGAAUGUCGUACCUACCAACAAACUAUAAAUCCUCCUCUAAGGAGUGCUGACGAAGAACUGCCAAUGGAAAGAAGACCAUCAAGUACUUACUUAGAUUGUAUAGUUAAUGGAGCUAUUGAAUGCAACUUGCCAAAAGAAUAUAUAAUGCUGUUGAAGAAAAUCCCUCAUAAUGGACAAAAGGCAUCACCUAAAAUGAUUGAAAAGCUAUCCAUGUAAAGAAAAGUUCCAUUAUGCUAUACGAAAAAUCAGAAAUUAAAGAAAUAUGUUUUAUUAA